GGCGUCUGCAUCCUGUCCACGCAGUUUGCUUUGUUUCCUAAGCGUUGUUGGAGGCUUGAAGGCAGCAAAGUAGCAUCGAGCAUUCGCAACAACGUGGGAAAUUCGAGUGGAUUGCGUGUGGCCUGCUGUAGGUUUGCGUAAUCGCCACUGCAAGACUGGUUUAGUCGACACGGUGAACUAAAGCUUGAAAGACUUUUCCAGUGAAGAAAGGAAACGCUCACCCUGCAGCAAGUCGGACAGCGCGACGUGUUGGGUGCCUGGCGAGCGGCUCAAUUGUGGACUUCUCUGCUUGGGCUAUGGCAGCGGAAGUUUUUCGGACAAUCGGUGGCGUAUUUCUAGGCAAGCACUUCUCCGAUGAAGCUGUGUUGUCUACCCUUGCUUAUAGGCCGCAACCGGGCGACUUGUUUAUUGUGAGCUACCCUAAAUGUGGCACCACAUGGAUGCAGCACAUCGUAUACAACAUCCUGAUGGACGCAGAAGAACCCAAAGAUUUCCUGCAGCAGGCCUUGCGACUUCCCUUCUUGGAAAUGCAAGGUGCCGAGGCUGCUGUGUACGCUCCCAAACCGGCAGCUUUCAAGACCCACCUAAGCUUUCAGAAAAACCCGUACUCGCCUGAGGCAAAGUACAUCUACAUCACCAGAAACCCUUAUGACUGUUGCGUGUCUUUCUACUACCACACCAAGAACAUGCCACCGUACAGAUUUGAGAAUGGAACUUUCGAUGAGUUCUUUGAACUAUUUCUUCAAGGGCGCGUGGAUUUCGGGGAUUAUUUCGAGAACGUUCUCUCCUGGUACGAACACCGCAAUGACCCUAACGUACUGUUUCUUACGUAUGAAGGACUCAAGAAAGACAUAGUUGGACAAAUACACCGUAUCGCUGCUUUCAUUGACGAAGACAAAGAGCGGAGACUUAAAGAAAACCCGGAGCUGCUCCAGCGAAUUCUAGAGAAGACCAGCUUGGAGAAUAUGAAGAAAAAAGUGAUUGUGAGCCCUCAGCCUCCCCCGCUCGACGUAAACGAAUCGCAGCUACUGGAGAGCCUCAGGCCUGAGCUGCGGAAAGGUUUCAAAACCAUCAUCGACUUUACGAGAAUGCCAAUGAAGGGAGACUUUAUCCGCAAGGGACAAGUGGGAGACUGGAAGAACCACUUCUCGCCAAAACAGAUAACGCGCAUGAAAGCCAAGAUAGCUGAGGCAACAAAAGGAUCUGACGUCAUGAACCUAUGGAAAGACAUAGAUAUUCCAUAAGUGUUUACGGCACCUCCAAGUGCAGAAAAAAGGUGGUUAAACGCGUUGCCCUAGUGUAAUGAAGAAACAA